AUGACAACACCUUACAGUGAAACAACACAAGGUGAAUGGUAUCAAUUUGAUCCCAAUGUUCAUUAUUAUUACGAUGAGCAAGGUCAACUUCAUUAUUAUGAUCCCAAUACCAAUCAAGAGUGUGAUUAUCAACCUCAUUACAACCAACAACAUAUGCCUCAAACUUAUACCCCACCCAUUGCCAAUAACACCGCACAUGCUUCCACCGCCACCGCCCCCACCGUUGCCGCUGUUAUUAAUUAUGCAGAAUUGGCUUCAUCUAGACAACCCACACCCGAUGUCUUUUUACCUUGUCCCGAACCCACCUGCAACGGCGAAAAUAAGCCCAAGUCAAAGUUUUGUGAGGAAUGUGGAAGACCUCUCGGGGCCAUAUCACGAUCAGCUACACCUGCUUCUACCACAAACACCAUGACACCUUCAUUAGCUCCAUUGACAAAAGCAUUUUCUCAACAACAGAUUGGAGACUACAACUAUUACCCUCAUCAAAAAGAUGAAACCAUGUAUCAUUACCAACCUGCACAACCUGCCGUGGAUCCACUUGGCAGAGCACGAGGUUGUCCUAUCGUCACUUUUGGGUUUGGAGGUAAAAUGCUUGUGACUUUUCCACGCACCGUUACCAACUAUUACUCGUCUACGGUCAAACCACAACCCGGUCCGAUCAAGAUCAAACAUUUGAAGACCAUGAUUCCAAAGCCAGCGUUUCCAGGUCCUAUCUUGGGUGAUAGUAAAGUGGGCACGAAACAAAAGAAAAAGGAUGUGGCUGUGUUUAUGACACACAUGCUGAAUACAUUUGAAAAUCAUAAGCAAGGUAUGGCUGUAGGUUCCUUAGAUUAUGAACAACUACAGGCAAAGAUUUUAUUAUGGCAGUUAGUCAAAGUAUUAGUGGAGACUGAAGGAAGCAUAAACGACAAAGAUAAGAUGGAUCAAGCGAUUUUACAAGUAUUACGUCCAACACACGUUGAAGAAGAAACCAAUUUCACCAUCCCUUCUUAUCCUGCCAAUACACCUGAGGAUGCAGAUGCAGAUUUAUCAGAUCAUAUGCUUUCAAAAAUCGAGCAUUUCUUAUUAAACGGGGAUCGUAAAGGUGCCGUGGAUUUUGCAGUACAAGAGGACCUAUGGGCCCAUGCCUUGAUUAUCAGUAGUUGUGUUGAUAAGGAUUUAUGGCAAAGAGUCAUCACCAAUUUCGUCGAUAGAGAAAUGAACGCUACACCCGAAAUGAGAAAACAACGAAGAUUUAAUAAUAUUGCUGGUAACAAUCAAGCUUUACGUGUCAUGUAUUCCUUGUUUUCAGGUGCUGGUGGCAUAGCCAUGAACGAAUUUCUUGUCAGUGACGUGCAACAUGUCAAUACACCUUAUGGUUUACAAACAGUAACACCGCCUGCUCAAUUAUCUCAACUGGUUAAAUGGAGAGAUACAUUGGCCAUCAUGCUGGCAAAUCGGACACCUCGAGAUAUAGAAGCCUUGACGGCAUUUGGAGAUAUCAUGAAGGAACAAGGAUGGUUAGAAGCAGCUCAUAUAUGUUACCUUCUUUCACCUCAAAAUGCAAUGCAUUCGGGAAUUGAUACAAUUCAGGUCCGAUUAACACUUUUAGGCAGUGAUACACCCAACGUAGAAGCAUACCAAUUAUCCGAGAUUUUUGAAUUCGCACAAUCUUUACAUACAGGAGCGUCAGCAUGCUUGCCGUUUUUACAAGGUUAUAAAUUGGCUCAUGCCUGGAUUUUGUCCGAUUAUGGAUUAUUAGACGAAGCUGAGAGAUAUCAUGACGCCAUAGAUCAAUCCAUUAAAUCCUUUACCAAGGGAAGCCCUUAUUUGCAUGCACAGCUCAUAGAUCAAGUUUUGGCGCUUGGGACUCAUUUACAGCACGCUCGAAAGAAAAAGAAUGGUGUUGACCCUGCAUCGUGGCUGAACCCUAAAUUCCAGAAAAAGACAUUAACCUCACUUUGGGGUUCAUUAGAAGGAAGUUUUACAAAAUUCGUGAGUGGAGAUGAAAUCGUUGCCCAUGAACCUGCUCCCUCCAGAAAAUCCACUGAAAUCAUGAGCCGUCCGUUUUAAAUUUUCUUUACCAACACACACACACACACACAAAAAUAAAAUAAAAAAAUAUUACACAGUGUAGAUAUAAAUUGAGAAAAACAAAAAAUAAU